AUGGCUACUUACACUUCCUGUUUCUCUCCAGGCCCGAUCGUCCGCUAUGGCCCGAACCGAUACAGCAUUAACGAUGCGGAAGCCCUCAAAACGGUCUAUGGCCACGGCACAGAGUUUCAAAAGUCGGAGUGGUAUAUUUCGUUCCAACCUAACGAAGACCUAUGGAAUCUCUUCUCGGAGCGAUCGGCAAAGCGUCAUGCACGUAACAGACGGUUCUACACGAACGCAUACUCUAUGACAUCCCUGAUUAGCUAUGAGCCGUACGUAGACGAGUGCGGCGCCUUGUUUGCGCAGCGGCUUUCCGAGUUCUCUAAGGCUGGGGCGACGAUAGACAUUGGGCAUUGGUUCCAAUGCUACGCUUUCGACACUAUUGCGCUAAUGACCUACGGAAAACGUCUUGGGUUCCUGGACCGCGGCGAAGACGUUGCUCACGUCAUUGACAACCUCAACCAGAGCUUAGUCUACAUGAGCUUAGCUGGUAUCUUUCCGUUCGUGCACACUUACAUCACACCAAUACUAAACAAGCUCGUUCCGAAUCUGAGUAUGGGAGCCAAGUUGCUAUACAUCUUGAGCUUUACGGCGAAAACCAUCGAGGAAGAGAAAGCGUCCCCAAAGCCGGUCCUCGACGUCAAGAGUGCCGAAGACAGCGUGGCCGUUGGGGAAGCGUUCCUGACCAAGUUCCUGGCCAAGCACUCCAGCAACGCCGACGAGUUCACACAAUGGCAUCUUCUGAACGGUUGUAUGUCCAAUAUGGUCGCCGGGUCUGACACCACCGGCAUCAGUAUCUCUGCUAUUCUGUACAACUUGCUCAAGAACCCCGACACUAUGGCUAAGCUACGCGAAGAGCUUGCAGACUUUACCAGCCGCGGGGAGCUCUCGCAGUCCCCGACAUUCAAGGAAAGCCAAAAGAUGCCCUACCUCCAAGCAGUCAUCAAGGAGGCUUUACGCGUCCACCCCGCUGUUGGACUGCCUCUGGAACGCAUCGUUCCCGCGGGCGGUGUCACCAUCGCCGGACGUUUCUUCCCUGCAGGGUUCGGACUGGGAUCGCGUACAUGCAUCGGCAAGAACGUUUCAAUCCUUGAAAUAUCAAAGCUCAUCCCUAGGAUCAUCCGCGACUUCGAUUUCAAGCUCGAGGGCGAUGCUGCUGCACCUGAAGGAACGUGGAAGACCCACAAUGCGUGGUUCGUGAAGCCUAAAGGGUUCCACGUCAGUGUCAAGUCGAGAACGUCAAGCCACUAG